AUGCCGGACGACGAGGAGCAGGCGGUGGUGGGGGCGGGGGCGCCGUGCGGGGCGUGCAGGACGCUCCGGCGCAGGUGCGUGCCGGGCUGCGUCUUCGCGCCCUACUUCAUGGCAGAUGACUUCGCGGCCGUGCACGGCAUCUUCGGCGCCAGCAACGUGUCCAAGAUGCUGGAGCGCAUCGAGCUCCCCGAGCAGCGGCGGGUCGCCGCGGCCACGCUCGUCGAGGAGGCCAAGGCGCGGCAGCGGGACCCCACCUUCGGCCGCGUCUCCUACCUCCGCAUCCUCCAGGAGGUGAACGACAAGGCCAGGGAGCAGGUGGACGAGGCGCGGGAGGAGAUCGCCAGGGAGUUUGGCGCCCUGGCCGCGGCCGAGCCGGUCGACGUCGCGGCCCCGGGGGCGGCGGUCAGGGUGGAGGCGCGGGCGCAGGUCGAGGCCGCGCUGAAGCACGCCAGGGAGCAGGACGCCAGGCUGCUGGGCGUCCGGAAGGCCAACGAGGCCAGGUGGAGGGAGCUGCACGAACCGGGCACGGGGACGGGGAGGAACGCCGGGAACGGGAAGGGGCCCAACGUCAUCAAGCGCCACCGCGAGCCUUCCUUGAGCGAGCAGACAAUGCUGAUGCAGCGGGCCGCAAAGCAGCGCAGCUCCAGGCCGCCGGGCUUCCCUGACGAGCGCUCCCACCAGCAGAUGGCGGUGGCGGAGGCCGAGAGGGAGAAGGCGCUCUUGAUGCGGCAGUCCGCGCCCGCAAAGCAGCACGGCCUCCACCACCUCGCCGCGCAGCACGCGGAGACAGAGCCGCCGCGCGUCCCGGAGGUGUGCGGGCACGAGCAGCUGCACCAGCACAUGUCGGAGGCAUCGCGGGAGGAGGCGAUGAGGUCGGUGCAGGCCCCGCCGGCAGCCUCGCCGCAGCGCCUCGAUUCUGCGGGGCAGCACGCUGGGACAGGGCAACCGCGCCAUGCAGGAGAUGCUGCUGCGGGCAGAACGCCGGGACAGUGCAGCACCUCGGUUCUGCUGGAAGCGAUGAUGCAGCUCGCCGGCACCACGGGCGAGCAGCAGCAGCACCACCACCUUGUGGCGCAACACGCCGAGAACGAGCACGACAUCACCCAGGAGAUGAUGCAGCUGCAGGAGUUGUUGGACAUGGCAGAGCUCGCCAGAAACCAGCAGAUAAUGAGGAAUGACGUGAUGACGGAGAUGGGGCAGUGGGACGCGGCGGCGGGGGGCGCGAGGGAGCAGGACGACCAGGAGAUGCCGCAGCAGAAGGAGGAAGCCUCCACGGCGGAGCUUGCCGAGACGACGGGCAACAUGUCGCAGCAAUUCGCCUGGGCGCAGCAGUACCACGACCCUGCGGCGGUGCACCACGCGUCUCCGUGGCACCAUCAGAUGGCUGAGGCGCACCAGCCGGCUGCCGCGUCCGCGUCGCAGGUGGCGAGCGAGCAGGACAUGCUGCUGCUGCUCCAGCAGCACCAGGUCGCGGCGGCGGAGUUGCUGUCCGCCGGCGGCGCUCGUCAGUUCAACAACCUCGCCGCGCAAUACGACGACACGGAGCUCACGCUGGGGUACGGCCACCCGGACAUGCACCACCAGGUGGUCGCCGCGGGGCAGGUUGCCGGAGUGCAGGACAUGAACGCGCGGCACGCUGCCGCGGCGGUGCACGCGGAGCGGGAGAUGAUGCAGCUGGCCGCGGGCGCGCAGCAGCAGCACCAGCAGCAGCAGCAGCAGCACGCUCAGAAUGGGCUCGACAUCGCCCUUGGAAACGGCCACCCGGACCGCGAAACCCAGGCGAUGCUGAAGGAGUUGGCCGCCAUAGUAGAGCUCGCGGACGAGCGGGCAAUGAUCAGGAAGCAGUGGGAGCAGGACGUGAGGACGAUGAUGACGCAGCAGGACCCGGACGCUGCGUGGCUCCAGGAGAUGCUGGAGCAGAUUGAGAAAGCGUCUACGCCAGACCUUGAUAAGAGGCUGGAGAUCAUGUCGCGGCAAGCCGAGGCUCGGCACGCCCAGAAAGAGCUCGGCAUCACCCUUGGGAACGGCCACCCGGACGGGUCAACCCAGGGGAUCCUGCAGGCGCAGGAGUUGUCCGCCAUGGCAGAGAUGGAAAGAAAGCGGGAAAUGCUCAUGAGGCAGGUCGUCGCGGCGGGGCGCGCUAGAGAGCAAAAGCUGGAAAUGCUCAUGAGGCAGGUCACCGCGGCGGGGCGCGCUAGAGAGCAGGAACUGAUCACGCAGCAGGCCGCCGCAGCGCAGCAGCAGCAGCACCCCGUGGCGCAGUACUCCGGGACAGAGCUCGACAUCUCGCUGGGGCAAGGCCACGGCCACCCGUACUGGCACCAACCGACGGCGCAACAGAUGUUGCAGGAGCAGCAGCUGCCGACGGUGCAGCAGAUGUUGCAGGAGCAGCAGCUGGCCGACGCGGUUGGAUUCGGCAGGCACCAGCACAACACGACUUUAGUGCAGCAGGACGCGGCCUACGCGAACGGUGAGCACAGGGGCGGCGCCGGCACCACAAUGGCGUUCCUGUCGCCGGGGUCUGCCAAGGACGGGUCAUUCCUCGUCGACCAGCAACCACAGCCAAAUGGGCACCAAAUGGAUUCAUCUCUGGCGCCGCUGCCGCCGUCGUUGGGCCAGCUGCAUGCCCAAGCGUCGCACCAGCAAAGAACGGAUGGCGGUGGCCAGGGCCUGAACUCAGAUUUGGCGGCAUACUUGCACUAUGAAUCCUUGUCCAGGCAUGGAUUGGCUGGCAACGGCAGGCUUCAGCAGGGGUAG